UCAAGUGAAGAUGGUUUUAGUUUUAAUGUAUACAUAGAACUAGAAGGGACAAGCACCAGAUGUAAUUAAGGUUACACAUUACGAUUUGAUCUCAAUAGAAAGAAAGCAAUGAGUGGUUAUGAUCUGCAGUAAAUACACCACCUGAUGUUUCAUUUUUAAAUUAGGAUUGUGUUCUUACAUACUGUUAUUAGCAGCUGGAUAUCCGUUAACCCUAAAUGAAAUACAUUUCAAAGAGAAUGCAUUGGGUUUGCAGCCUGAAUAAAACUGGCUCCAUUGUUAGUAGGACUGUGUCUGCACCCAGCAGGAAGGUGGAGAAGACAAAUCAAUCAUGGGGUUUUGCUAAUGCUUGAGAGGACAUUAUAAUAAAACAUGUCUUCUGUGCUAUUCUUUACAUUACAGUAUGUGUAAGAAUGGAAAACCAAGCAAUGUAAAAUACAUCCUGUCUUUGCUGUCUCAGUUCUGAGAUACCACCUUGCUAAUGGAAUAUUUAUAUAUUAAUUAUAUUUUCAUUCUGAAAAUGAGUAAUGCAGGUUAUUGACUUGAGGAAAGAAAAAUAGGCAUGAAACAGUAUGGCUGCAAUGUUUCGUUUUUAUUUGAUUGUUUAAAUUAAAUAAAAUCAUUUUAUUUGUUUGUUUCUUUGUUUUUGUCAAAAUAACAUAAAGUGAACAGAGAUCAUUUGUACAACUAUGCAGUAAUGUCUCAGUAAAACUCGUUAAAUACAGACACACACGCAAGAAAAAGUGGCUGUUUUGAGUAUGAAAUUUGCCACACACAAUAUGGCGGCGCUGCAGUGUCGCAGCAUGGCUGUUGAUUGGUCGGGGUCAAAUGUAAGAGGUCCUGAUUUCCCAGGAAAUUCGCACACGACUGCAGUUAAUCAAACUUGCUGUUUUUAAACUGUGAAGGAAUAUUUAAAAAAUGCCAACGAUUACUGAGAAACUGUUACUGGAGAGAGGACGCCCCAAGUCUACCCAGCUGGAGAAGAUCAAGAGUCUGAACCUGUCUGAUCUGAGUCUGGAGAACGCUGACCUGGACUCCACUCUGCUGCGGAGGCUUACCUCACUGGAGGAGCUUGAUGUGUCGGGGAACCUGCUGACUGAGCUCCCAGCCAGCCUGCCACUGCCAGCGCUGAGGAGACUCAACUGUGCCAACAACCAGCUGGAGGAAGUGACAUCACUGAAGCAGUUCAGAAUGCUGGAGGAGCUGAGCCUUGAGGAUAACCUCUACAUGACUAUCAGUGACAGUUACAAGCUGAUGUUUUUGUUGCCGAAGCUCAGGAGACUCAGCGGUAAGGAGAUCACCUCCACAGCCAAUCACGUGCGCUUCGUCGCCAGCGAGGAGCUGUCCAGACGGGUGAGCAGCUUGUGGGAGAGAAGCUUCCAGGAGCGGCUCCCCAGGUCUCCCAGCGCAGCCCAGGCCAGAGUCCUGGGAAAAGAGUUUGUGAAGGCGGCUGAGAUGCAGGUCAAGUACGGGGCCAGCUCCCUGAGCGACUACACCAAGUGGAGGGUGAAGAUGAUCGCCAGAGAGCUGCUGUCCUCACGGCUGGGGGUGCAGUGUGAAGCCAGCUCCGAGGAGGAAGACCUGUCCGAGAGCGAAUCUGGAAGUGAUGUCAGAGAGGAGGCAGGAAGUGAGCAAAACAGAGUCCCUGCUGCAAAAAGGAAGGAGAUAAGCUCUGAAUCCUCACCCAGGAAGAAAACCUGCUUGUCUGCAGCUGAUGACAUCACCCAGAGCGCCGAGCGCAGUCCCAGUAGGUGUGUCCGCUUCGAGAACCUUUCCACGGCAACCGACAAAGCAGGCCUCAGUCCUGGGGUAAAAUUACGAGAGAGCCCCAGGAAGUCCGUCCAAUCACUGAGGAGUCCCAGAAAGCUUGCCCAAUCACAGCAAAGCCCAAUGAAGGCUGCCCAAUCACAGCAGAGCUCAAGAAAGACUGUCCAAUCACAGCAGAGCCCGAGUAAGUCCAUUAAGAAGGCUGAGCACUCAGAACAAAACCUGAGAAAGCCUGUGGCGAUAAAGGAGAGCCCCAGGAAAGCGGACCUGCCCAAAGCAGCUGUGAGCCAGCCUGACAGCAGCCUGGACACCCUGCGGAAGAGCCCGAGGAAAAGGCAGGCGAAGGAACCUGCCAAGAAGGGCCAAGGAGAGGAGGGGGAGGAGGAGCAGGGCAGCAGAACGCCUCGCAGGACUAGCAAGGAUCCCAUCACAAUGAAGCCCCUGCAUUUCCUGCAGUGUCACAGCAAGCAGAACAGUCCAGACGACUUCAGCACACAGCUGUGGGCCUGUGCCUUCGAGCCCCGGAUAGACAGCAGCGGAGGGUCCAGAGGCCACUCAUCUCGGACAGUGGCCACCUGCGGAGGGGAGUCUGUGUGUAUCAUCGACUGUGAGACCGGAUCGGUACUGAACAAAUACAAGGUGUCUGGAGAGGAGUUCUUCUGUCUUGCCUGGUCCAUGAUGACCCUGCUCACUGGGGACGGGCGUGGUCAUCGUGUCAGCGUGCUGGCGGCCGCCGGGAGGAGGGGGGUGGUCAAGCUCAUCCACCCCAAGGCCAGCCUCGCGUACGGGGAGUUCCGGGCCAGCAGGAGAGCCGUGUCCACCCUGUGCUUCAGCCCAGCCCAGGAGAGCUUUCUCUUCACCGGAACGUACGACAAGAAGAUCAUUCUGUGGGAUAUUGGAGGGCUGGACUGUGAAUACAAGUUCAAAGUGAGUCAGCUUCUGGUCCUGGAGGCAGCCUCCAUCCCGCUGCACCUCCGCUUGGUGCCCUCCGCCCCUGAGCAGCACCUCCUGGCAGGCUGUGAGGACGGCCUGCUGCUCUUCGACAUCCAGCUCAGCAAGAACCAGCUCAAGAGGUCCAGCGAGCUGGAGUUCCAGUUUCCUGUUUACAAGAAGGAGGAAGAGGAGAAUGAAUUCCGUCUCAUUGACAGCUUGUCCUUCCUUAGCAACGACAUCGUUGUCUCCAAGAGUGCCAUGCAGGGCUCUAUCUACCUGUGGAGCUGGAGCAAGACUCUCGCCUCACGGAGGAAAAGCAGGGAGGUGGAGGUGGAGAUCCUGGCUGAGCUGCAGUGGUCCAGCACUGAGCUGCCCUACAUCUCCCUCAGCACCUGCCCAGGUGAAGAUUAUGUGGUAUGCGGGGAUGAGAAAGGAGACUUGUGGACUUAUGAAGUGAGUCAGUGUCUGCGGGCUGGAGCCAAGACUGACAAAAUGAUCCCUCCCACUCAGAUUCUGGAGUGGCCGGCCCCCAACAGGAAAGGUCACGGGCCCAUAGCGGGAACCUCAGUGAACAGCGUCGCCAUGGAUCCUGAACUGCAGUACCUCGUGGCCCUGACUGACAAGAACAUCACUGCAGUGUGGAGGAGAGCCUAGCCCAGCCUCUCCCUGCAGUGUGGAGGAGAGCCUAGCCCAGCCUCUCCCUGCAGUGUGGAGGAGAGCCUAGCCCAGCCUCUCUCUGCAGUGUGGAGGAGAGCCUAGCCCAGCCUCUCCCUGCAGUGUGGAGAGCCUAGCCCAGCCUCUCUCUGCAGUGUGGAGGAGAGCCUAGCCCAGCCUCUCUCUGCAGUGUGGAGGAGAGCCUAGACCAGCCUCUCUCUGCAGUGUGGAAGAGAGCCUAGCCCAGCCUCUCUCUGCAGUGUGGAGGAGAGCCCAGCCCAGCAUCUCUCUGCAGUGUGGAGGAGAGCCCAGCCCAGCCUCUCUCUGCAGUGUGGAGGAGAACUCAGCCCAGCCUCUCCCUGCAGUGUGGAGAUCCUAGCCAAGCCUCUCUCUGUAGUGUGGAGGAGAGCCCAGCCCAGCCUCCCCCUGCAGUGUGGAGGAGAGCCUAGCCCAGCCUCUCUGCAGUGUGGAGGAGAGCCUAGCCCAGCCUCUCUCUGCAGUGUGGAGGAAAGCCUAGCCCAGCCUCUCUCUGCAGUGUGGAGAGCCUAGCCCAGCAUCUCCCUGCAGUGUGGAAGAGAGCCUAGCCCAGCCUCUCUCUGCAGUGUGGAGGAGAGCCUAGACCAGCCUCUCUCUGCAGUGUGGAAGAGAGCCUAGCCCAGCCUCUCUCUGCAGUGUGGAGGAGAGCCCAGCCCAGCAUCUCUCUGCAGUGUGGAGGAGAGCCCAGCCCAGUCUCUCUCUGCAGUGUGGAGGAGAGCCUAGCCCAGCCUCUCUGCAGUGUGGAGAUCCUAGCCAAGCCUCUCUCUGUAGUGUGGAGGAGAGCCCAGCCCAGCCUCCCCCUGCAGUGUGGAGGAGAGCCUAGCCCAGCCUCUCUGCAGUGUGGAGGAGAGCCUAGCCCAGCCUGUCUCUGCAGUGUGGAGGAAAGCCUAGACCAGCCUCUCUCUGCAGUGUGGAGAGCCUAGCCCAGCCUCUCCCUGCAGUGUGGAGGAGAGCCUAGCUCAGCCUCUCUCCGCAGUGUUGACAGUAACGGUGCAGUGUUAGUGGGAUUCUGUUCUUCCACUCAGGAAAUGGCAUGCCUUCACCCCUUGGAACUCUCUGAAUAAAAGACUAUGAAAAAUAAAAAGAAAGGUUUACAAAGUUAACGAAGUACUGCAUAGCACACAGUGCCACCGGUAGCCAAUAUUGAAAUAGGGAUCGCAACAAAUAGUCGACUAGAAAAGUGACAGUCGACCUCAGAAACUAGAAGCUUCAGUUUCACAGCAGCAGCAGCAGAGCAGCGUGUUUCUGUGUGUUUGAGGUGUACACCCUUAUAAGAGACCAUAGUAAAAGCAUAGCAGUGCAAUAAAGCACAGUGCAAUCAUGGUAAAGCAUAGGUAAGCAAUGUAAAGAUCAGGAAGGUAUGGUAAAGCAUAUUAAAAAAACAUAGCAAACCAGGGUAAGCUAUGGUAAAUGCAGAGUAUAACUAUGGGAACAGCAUGGUGAAGGUGCAGAUAUACAGUGCCCUGCUGUGAGGUGGGGUUUAUUAGGGACGGAACAGUGUCACGCCUGGGCUACAUGUUAUCAUCCAAACCAUUAAACACUCAAUUCAUUUAGAAAUAAACUCAUAUGCAGUGGCAAAGGUUUCGUCCUCUGAAUGUUGUAGUAACAGUAUAGCACUGCCUUCUUCAAGCGGACUAGAAGUGAGAGUGAGAAGGGUUAGUACACUCAACAUCAGUCCUUCUGCAUUACCAGGAUCUACACAACGAGUGUAUUUGUACCACCAUCCCCAUUUAAAUAAUGAAGUCCUGAAGCACUUUGAAAUAGAGCCUGGGUAAUACAGUACAGCUCCCCUUGCUUCACUGCGUUUGAUAUAAUAUACUGCUGUUGAAGUCCCAGUCAAGCCACUCUGCAGACUUCAGUACUGUGCCCAAGUGUCUCAGAUCGCCUCUGUUGUGUGACCUGCUUCAGUGCCGGGCUGUGUUUUUCAAAUCUCUUUUUUUUGUUUAAUAAACAUGAUCUUUUUUUUUUAAUGAA